UUUUAUUGCUUCAGCUUACAGGGAGAGAGGGUUGGGGUUGCAGAUUCCUCCAGCAGAUGGGUUCCAGAUCCGGGGAGAGCAGAUACAGUGAAUGCAGGGUCUGGGAAGACCGGAUAUUGUGAAUGCAGGGUCCGGAGAGAGCGGAUAUAGUGAAUGCAGGGUCCAGGGAGACCGGAUAUAGUGAAUGCAGGGUCCGGGGAGAGCGGAUAUAGUGAAUGCAGGGUCCGGGGAGAGCGGAUAUAGUGAAUGCAGGGUCCAGGGAGACCGGAUAUAGUGAAUGCAGGGUCCAGGGAGAGUGGAUAUAGUGAAUGCGGGGUCCGGGGAGAGCGGAUAUAGUGAAUGCAGGGUCCGGGGAGAGCGGAUAUAGU